AUGAGGCCCCCGUCAAAUGGUAGUGGCCAUCCGAAAUCAGAUUCAUCACCGGCUAGUAUGCAACAGACAUCAAAUGAUCAGAUGGCUAUGAACUCCGGGAUGUCGGCUGGUCCAGCUAUGAGUCCGUCAUGUUCAGUAUUUGGAGGCGGUGCUAGCGGUGGAGGUUCUGGUGGUGGUGGCAGUAGCUCACAAACUGCUCCCCGAACCGGUGAACAACAAGGAUUACCCCAACCGCCUACUACUAACACGCCAUUCCCUCUUGUUACUCACUACGAUAUGCCUCCAGCUUUUGUACAUUUACAGGAAACGUUUCAGAUGAGGAAUCCAGCGCUUCAAAUGUAUUACAAGCGUCGGAAAACGUUGCUAGUGCUGCCGUACCCUGCCGGGCCAAAUCUUCCUAACGUUGCACCAAUGGAACCGGCAACGUUUGCGUUUUUGCCUCAUACGAAACACUACGACGUAGCAUACGAUCGACGAUAUCCUACGAUGAAUCCGAUGUCACAGGGGCAACCACAGAUGCAAAGUCGACAACCAGCGCCAAGUCCUCAAAUGAUGUCACCAGCAUUUACACAACCACAACCGCCAACUAAAACCAAAGCCCCGCCGUCGAAGAAAGCUCGAAGUGGUAAGUGA